CCGCUGAACAUCUCGCGAGAUCAAGUUUCCUUGGCAACAAUACACCGUGUUUUCAUGGAGAAGUCUGAGCGACAAAAGAUUCAACUCAAAACCAACCAGCCAUACGAUGAGAGUUUUGAGGUGAAUGCAGAGGAGGCGGCCAGUGUGCAUACACCAUCCCCAAGACAGAUAGUUUCCAGGAGGACAGGCAGGCAGAAGCAGAGCGCCAUGGCCACUUAUGCUGGCGAUAAACUAGAAGAGGACACUAAACAGAGAAAGAAAGAGCCGCCACCUGGUGCCCGUGCUACUAAUCAGAAUGAUGAAGAGGAGGAGAAGGAGAAGGAGGAGGAGGAGGAGGAGGAUGAUGAUGAUGAUGAUGACGACGAUGAUGAUUCCGAUGACACAGAGUCUGAUGAGGAGGAAGGGGAGCCUGGAUCUGCUCCAGAAGGUGCAUAUGACCCAGCCGAUUAUGAACAUCUUCCUGUGACAGCUGAGAUCAAAGAGCUGUUUCAGUACAUCACAAGAUAUACUCCACAGACAAUAGAGCUUGACCACAAACUGAAGCCCUUUAUCCCUGAUUUCAUCCCAACUGUGGGGGACAUUGAUGCUUUCCUCAAAGUACCACGACCAGAUGGGAAGGCUGACAAUCUGGGUCUCUUGGUUCUGGAUGAGCCGUGCUCUAAACAGUCAGACCCAACAGUGCUUUCCCUGUGGCUGUCAGAGAACAGCAAACAACACAAUGUUGCUGAAGUGAAAGUCAAGAGCAUUGAAAACCCAGAGAAGAACCCCAAAGUCAUAGACAACUGGAUCGAGAGCAUUAGUGAGCUGCAUCG